AUGCCCGUCUUCCCAAGUCUUCAACAAGACAUCCUCCUCCCACCCGACAUCACAACCUGGGAAUGGCUCUUCGAAUCUCCCACAUACUCUCCUCUCCUGCGACAUCCUGAAUCACAACUCGCAGGUUUCACAGACGCAAUCUCCAAAGAGAGACUCAACUGGAAGCAGGUCAAAGAAACAGCUACAUAUCUAUCCACAGCAUUGGUCAAGAAAUACGGGCUGAAAGUCGGAGAAACGGUAUCGCUCUUCUCAGCCAACACAAUAUGGUAUCCCGUCGCAAUGCACGCGACCCUUCGCGUGGGAGGUCGUGUCAGCGGUGCCAGUCCGGCGUACAACGUCGAAGAGAUGACAUACGCGUUGCAAAAAGCUGAUGCCAAAUUCCUCCUGACGCACAAGGAUAGCAUGGAUGUUGCGGUUGAGAGUGCGAAGAAUGCGGGUGUGCCCAAAGAGAACAUAUUCUUGUUGGAGGGGGAGUUGGAGGGAUUCAAGAAUAUCAAGACACUGAUCGAGGAGGGGAAGAAUUUGGGAGACCAAGUGCCAUAUUGGUCCAUUCCGAAGGGGAAGACUAACUUUGAUGUUUGUGGAUUCUUGUCGUUUUCCAGUGGGACAACGGGAUUGCCCAAGGCUGUCAUGAUAGCGCAUCAAAAUGUUAUUGCGCAGUGUCUGCAAGUCAUGCCAAUUACGCCCCCAGACCACAAACGAGUGCUCGCAGUCCUACCGAGCUUCCACAUUACAGGUCUCGUCCACGUCUUGCAUCUUCCACUCCUUAUCAACGCCGAGGUUUAUUUCCUUCCAGCUUUCACCAUGAAAGCCAUGCUUGAUACGGUCACCGAGUACCAGAUUCCGGAACUCCUCCUUGUCCCCCCAAUUCUGAUCAGAAUGGUCCGCGAUCCUAUCGUACAAGAGUACGAUCUUAGCUGCGUGAAGAGAUUCUCCUCAGGCGCAGCGCCUCUUUCCGAGGAGAUCAUCCAACUGUUGAAGAAGAAGUUCCCGCAGACCGGUUUCAAGCAAGGUUACGGCAUGACAGAAUCCUGCUCCUGUAUCACAGCACACCCACCCUGGUACUACGACUACAAAUACGCCCAUACCGUCGGCACAGUCUGUGCCAGCACAACAGUCAAAAUCAUCAAAGAAGACGGCACCGAAGGCAACAUUGGCGAGCCAGGCGAGAUCUGUGCCAAAGGCCCUCAAAUCGUCAUGGGCUAUCUUAACAACGAAAAAGCAACCAAAGAGACCUUCGACGAGCAAGGGUUCCUCCACACGGGUGAUCAAGGCAGUAUUGACGAACACGGAAUCAUCACCAWCCUCGACCGCAUCAAGGAACUUAUCAAGGUAAAAGGAAUCGGCGUCGCACCGGCAGAGAUCGAGGAUACGCUUCUCGGGCACCCGAAAGUGGAAGAUGUGGCUGUCCUGGGUAUUCCGGAUGAUUAUUCAGGAGAGGUGCCCAAGGCUUACAUUGUGCUGAAGCCUGGAAACAAGGAGGAUCAGGAUACCGGAAGGGAGAUCCUGAAAUAUGUGAAGGAUAACAAGGUGAGAUACAAGGCUGUGAAGGAAAUUGAGUUUAUCAAGGAGAUUCCUAAGAGUGGGAGCGGGAAGAUUUUGAGGAGGAUUCUGAGGGACCAGGCGAAGAAAGGGGCUGUUGGGGUUGUGGUUCGGGAGGAGAGAUCGAAGAUGUGA